AUGGCCGAACCGCUGCUACGGGGCCACGGCUGCUUGCAGAAUACGACCAACCCCAAGGCCAGGGCCGGCGAGGCCCUGAUCCGGGUCGCCAAGGCCGGAAUCUGCGCCACAGAUCUGCAGUUGAUCGCUGGCUAUGCCGGCUUCCAAGGCAUCCUCGGCCACGAGUUCGUCGGCAUUGUCGAGAGCGCCGACGAUCGGACCUGGGUCGGCCAACGGGUGGUCGGCUCCAUCAACUUGGGUUGCCGAAGUUGCCCGGCCUGCAACUCCGGCCAGGAAGCUCACUGCCCGCACCGCCGAGUGCUCGGGAUUCGCGGUCACGACGGGGUUUUCGCCCCAUACGCCGUCCUCCCCCAGCCCAAUUUGCUGCCGGUGCCCGACUCGCUGAGCGACGAGGAAGCGGUGUUCACCGAGCCGCUAGCCGCGGCCCUGCGAAUCAGUGAGCAACUGACCUUGCCGCCCUCGGCAGAGCUAGCCGUCCUCGGGCCCCGGCAAAUUGGGCCUGCUAAUCGCCCAAAGUCGCUCGAGUUACCGCAGAAGCUCGGCCUCGAUGUCGGCUUGGCUAGCGAGGCGGCCGACUCGUCCUGCGAUCUCGUAGUGGAGGCCACCGGCAACGCCGCCGGCCUGGAGAGCGCUCUACGGCUGGUCCGCCCUGGCGGCACACUGGUCUUGAAGAGCACCUUCGCCAACCCCGGCAGCACCGAUCUGAGCCCGAUCGUGGUCCAAGAGAUCCGCGUUGUCGGCUCGCGCUGCGGACCGUUCGCACCGGCUUUGCGGCUGCUGGAGCGAGGCGCGGUCCAGGUGCGGCCGUUGAUCGACGCCGACUACCCGCUCACCCAAGGUCUCGAAGCCCUCAGCCACGCUGCUCGCCAGAGCACCCGCAAGAUUCUGCUCAGCCCCUGA